AUGAAGUUUCGUUUCCAUGUUGUACUUGGGAAGAAGGAAGAAGAGAUAUGGUCAUUGGUCAAGAUAGUUCGGGUUCUGGGUAUAACCAAAGACGUUUUGUUCGAGGGAAUGCUACAGAAUUAUCGAUAUCAUGCAGUCCAAGCAAAUAACAGUGUUGAUUUAACGAAGCUGCAAUUGAAGAACAAAGAAGAUUUUUCGAAUGCUUUUGCUCAUAUGAAGGUUUUUAUUGAUGGAUACUAUAGAGCUUUAGCCUUAACUAAUGUUGAGUUGGCUAUGUCUUUGGAUAAGGAGAUCACCGUUCCACAAACUAUGCUUUUAAGUACAGGCAAUAAUACUAAAGUCCUGUAUCAAGCGUGUGAUGUUGAAAGGUAUACAUCGCUACAUUACACAAAUCUCAUGGUACGUAUGAACAGCUAUGCCAAGAACAACGAUAAGGAGAAAGCUGAGAUUUGGAAGAUCAUAAAAAUGGUAUGGUAA